AUGGAAGCAGAUCUCGAGAUGAUACCAGAGGAGGAACCAGAAGAAGAAGACCCUGGGGAAGAACCUAAUGAGGCGCCAGAGGGAGAACCCAAAGAUGAGCCCGAAGAAGACCCAGAGAUGGAGCUAGAGGACGCACCUGAGGACGAGCCAGAGGAUGAGCCAGUGGACGAGUUGGAAGAGGAGUCUGAUGAGGAGGAGCGGGUCAAGGUUCUGGUGGAGUCGGGUGAUAUAGACAACCCGAUUGAAAUCAAGGCUGAUUCAGAGUCCUCGGAAGAGCAGGUGGCUCAGGGGGAUUCAGACUCGGGUCUUGAGGAGUCGGACUCAGAGUCGACGCCAUCUGGAGGGCAUAGGGAGUUGGCGGGUGAUUUGAGGCAAGGUCCCCCCGAGAACCCUGGUCCCGAACCCGAGCCUGUACCAGAACUUGUAGCGCUUGCGGAUCUCGAGCUCAAAGAGGAAUUAGAGGAGUCCGAACCUGAAGAAGAGCCUGAGCCUGUACUAGAGCCCAUGAAGUCUGAGCCCGAGGAGGAGCCGGCCGCCAACAGAGCCAAUGGGAAUAAUGGCAAUCAUGGGAACCAUGUGAAUGAUGGGAACCCUGGUCAAGGACAGGUAAAUGCAAACAAACCGAUGUCCAAGCUGGUCGAGCAAUUUUUGAAGUUGAAGCCUCCGAAGUUUGAUGGGAGAGAUGAUACUGAGGCUACACCCUGA